AUGACUGGAAUUAUUAAUGGAACUGCAGCUCCUUUCGAGAAUGUGUGUGGGGAGAUGAGGCAAUUUGAAGUUGUUAGAAAUGGAAAACAAAUAAUUCAAUACAACGACGAUGAAGAUUAUUAUUAUAUAAAAUUCAAAUCACCGAUAAAGGCGAGGAAUCAAAGUUCAUCGUACCUUUUGGGACUUUUUAAAGUCACUCAGUUGAUUGUCGCCAUCGAAGUGUUUAUGUGUAUGUGGGAAAAGGGUGAUGAUUGUAAAAAGGGAAAUCAGGAAGUUUGGUGUUUACUACAAAGCCUUUUUUAA